AUGAGAGGCAUGAACGCGAAGGGUGUCCUUCGGGGCGCUACCGCAGCAUCGCUGGCGCUUCCGCUUUUGUUGGGGAGCGUAGUGAAGGCCGACAACCCCAUUGUCCAAACCAUCUACACGGCAGACCCAGCCCCUUUCGUCUACGAUGACCGCCUCUACCUCUACACGGGCCACGACGAAGACGGGGCAACCUACUUCGACAUGCGCAACUGGCAGAUCUUCUCAACAACCGACAUGGCCAACUGGCAGCACCACGGCUCGCCCCUGAGCCUGGAGACCUUCAGCUGGGCCGACAACCAAGCCUGGGCGGGCCAACUCAUCAACCGUAACGACAAGUUCUACUGGUACGUCCCUGUCCACCGCCGCAACGGCGGGAUGGCCAUCGGUGUGGCCGUGGGCGACAGCCCGACGGGGCCCUUCAAGGACGCCAUCGGCGGCCCGCUGGCCGAGAACAACGAGAUCGACCCGACCGUCUUCAUCGACGACGACGGCCAGGCGUACCUGUACUGGGGCAACCCGGGCUUGAGCUACGUAAAGCUGAACGAGGACAUGAUCUCGUAUAGCGGCAGCAUCGUCAACGUCCAACUCACCACGGACGGCUUCGGCAGCCGCUCAGGCGACGCAAACCGGCCGACCACCUUCGAGGAAGGGCCAUGGUUCUACAAACGCAACGGGCUGUACUACAUGGUCUUCGCGGCGAGCUGCUGCUCGGAGCACAUCGGUUACUCAACGAGCUCCGGCCCGACGGGACCGUGGAAGUACCGCGGGGUGAUCAUGCCGACUGAAGGAAGCAGCUUCACCAACCACCCGGGUAUCAUCGACUACAAAAAUUCGUCGUAUUUCUUCUACCACAACGGCGCGUUGCCCGGCGGUGGCGGGUACGCCAGGUCUGUGGCCGUGGAGUUGUUCGAGUACGGCGAUGACGGCACGAUCCCGGAAUUGCACAUGUCGACCGAGGGCCCGCCGCAAGUAGGCACGCUCGAUCCCUACGCGAAGCAGGAGGCUGAGACGAUUGCGUGGGAGUCUGGGGUUGAGACGGAGGUGUGUAGUGAGGGCGGGCUGAACUUGGCUUACAUCCAUAACGGCGACUAUGUGAAAGUGAAGGGGGUGGACUUCGGUAGCGGGGGCGCGGCGUCUUUCACAGCGCGCGUGGCGUCGGCGAACCAGGGUGGGCAUAUUGAGCUGCGUUUGGAUAGCAAGACGGGCACGCUUAUUGGGACCGCCGACGUUGCUGGCACGGGAGGGUGGCAGACUUGGACUGAUGUGAAAUGCUCGGUUACCGGGGCCACGGGGACGCAUGAUCUUUACUUUGUUUACACGGGGAGCGGCACCAGUGAGCUGUUCAAUGUUAACUGGUGGCAGUUCACGGCUGCGUGA